AUGAACAAAAAAGAUUGUGAGGUAAAUUUAGUGCAAGUUAAAGCUGUAGUCUCGAUAAAGCGAGUCGUUCGUGAAUUGGUCAAAAUAUGGUGCACAAAGCAAGAAGCUAGCGUCCUCAACAUUGAUAUGAAGGCUAAUAUAUGCUGUGUAAAAUAUAAUCCUGAGUCUAGCCUAUAUGUUGCGGUUGGCUCUGCAGACCAUCACAUCCACUAUUAUGAUUUAAGAAACACCUGCCAGCCAAUUCACGUGUUCAGUGGCCAUAAAAAAGCCGUUUCGUAUGUAAAUUUUUUGUCCAACAAUGAGCUUGCUUCUGCAUCAACCGACAGCACUCUUCGAUUAUGGGAUGUCAAAGAAAAUUUGCUUGUUCGUACAUUUAGAGGGCACACAAACGAGAAGAAUUUUGUUGGUCUUACAGUAACGCAUAUGUAG